CUGACUGAUAUCAAGGUGUCCAAGCUGCUCCUUCACGUUCUUCACUUGAACUUCACUCCUUCAAGUUUUGUCCUGAUGUUUCUUCUCUCCUUGACCUUUCCUUCCCUCACCAAUUCCCUGUUCAUCAAGUCUCUUUUUUCCUCACUGUGGACCGUGUAGGUGGGACACUGCCCCACAAGCCCCUUUACAUAUGUUUCACUGCACAGAGGAACAUUUCAGUGGUCAGGGCUCCACAGGAGAAACCUUGUUCAGAUCCCUAUUGAACAGGAGAGACAUUGUGUCGGGCUUUUCAAAGCCCCAUUCACUCGCACUGACAGCUUCAGGAAGCCAGGAGCAGUCUGGGGCUGUUCUGCUAACCACACACUCAGAAUAUCCCAACAUCACCCAUGGUACGGGAUUUCAGAGUGAGUCUGUGGUGCUCUAUGUAAGCUAUAUGGUGGACAAUUUAAUACAUUACUAAAAAUAAGGUCUAAAAACAUCUGUGACAUUCCUGUUCACCAUGUUUGUAUUCAUUUCUGUGAACAGAAUGAUGGGAUUUCCUUCACUAAUAAGGAUACAUGAGAUUCCAAUUCUGGAUAAAAUAAUUCAGCAUAAUGAAUAAUGCUUUCCAAAUGGAGCAUGGGAUUAGUGAUGAUCUGAUGACUAUCACAAUAUAUAAUGAGCUAACAGGUUUAUGUAAUAAACCUUUAUGGUUUCCACACACCUUAACCUACUAUGUACCUAAUUUUUUUUAACAUAUACAGUUACUUCAUGAGUGGAAAAGAACCACCACGGGACUACUGCUGACCAGAUAUCAGAAGUUCAGAAGUUCCUACUUUACGUGUUUGAAUUUAUAAAUACAACAUGAUAUGCGUGUGGGCAGGAACAAAAUAGAUGCCCCGGGAAAAAUUCGCUUUUGUUUACUCUUAUUUUCCUAUCGAUGUGGAAGGGAAGUUUAUUGUGUUACUGCAGCAAAAUGAACAACAGAUGGACAUUAGCUAAGUAAUAUUUUGUAUGCAGUUGCAAAGAAGCAACGAAUCAUGCAUAUAUGCUUAUAUCCAGGUUCUUACCUGUGUGUGUAACAGUACACCAUUAAAAAAAAUUAGCCAGUGUUAACCAGCUUACAAUAUUUAUGAUUUAUUAAUAUCUCUCUGGAUGCAACAUCCGUACUGCAGCUGCCGUGACUGUCUGAUGCUGCUGUUGCUGCUGUUGUUGUUGUUGUUGUUGUUGACACGCCUCCCCAACUCAGGGUUCAUAGAAUAAUAAGACUAGUAAUCACAACAUUGUGCUGGCGGUCAUCUCGUAAUUACAAAAUGUAAUUCUGAAGUAUAGUAUGUGUUGCAAUGGUAUAUCACACCACACGCAGUGUUGCUAGGGUUUUUCAUAAUUACGAAAUGCAAUUCUGAUAUGGAAAUACAGUAAGUGUUGCAAUGGUAUAUUACACCACACACAGUGUUGCUAGGGUUUUUAAACACUAUGUACACUUACUGGCUAUUUUAUCAAACACACCUACCUUGUUCUUGCAGCUUUCAAUUAGAAACUAGAACUCAUUUUCCAUGCACAGCAUGUGCUAGUACUCUCUGAGCCCCUCAUCAAUGUCAGCUUCUGAUCACUGGAUUUUUUUUUUUUUUUUUUUUGAUGGAGGAGCUGUUCUCAACCCAGCGUUAGUACUACAAUCCAGCAUUAAAAUGUUCCUGCUGUGCUGAGAAUAAUUCACACCCAAAUAGAUGAUAGAUGGUCCCUAGCCUACAAAGUGACCUAUAUAUAAAUAGUGUACCUGAUAAAAUGGCUAACAAGACAUUUUAUUUUACAGUAGCUGUACCUAAAAAAACUGGCAACCCGUUAUACUGUAUAACUGAUUAUACUACUGCACUGUGGAGUUCUCAAAUCUGAUUGGUCAGAAGGUGUUGAUUAAUUUUCCAUAACAGCAGCUCUGACAGUAAUUCGACUGUAAUUCAAAUCACAGGUAUAUAGUAAUACGCUCGUUCUAUUAUUUUACUUAUUAUUAUUUAUAGUGCUGAAGAUGUUUAUUUGGAGAUAUUUAUUUAAUGGUUAUGGAAGGAGUCUCCAGUGUCAGAGCUUUGUAAAUGUCAGCACGGGAAAGUCUCCAGGACAGAGGACUCUUUGGGAACAUUUUUUUGUUUUUUUGGUCUUAUUUAGUUCAAAAAGAGAGGCUGGUGCAUGAACGGCUAUUUAUAGCCACUAUAAUUUAAGUAAUAAUCACUCUAUCCCAUCAUUGAUUAUUUUCCUAGAAUUGUAUGCCCAUGUAGUGUUUUAUUCCUUAUUUUAUGUUUACCUAGUAUGAGUGAACAGGUCAGAACAGAGUGUUCUGUUGUAGUUUAGUAUAAGAAAAGUACCAGUGCAGGAAACUAACUGUGGCAGCGCAGUGGGGAGAUGGCGCAGGAUAUAUUUAGGUCACCCUUGACUCUUCUGUCCUCUCUUUCUUUAUCACUCUCUCUAGUUUUAGCGGCAGAAAAUUAAACAUCUACAUUGUUUCCAUUAAUUCUUUGCAAAGCCAGGGUUUAUUUAACAUUUAUUUACAUAUAUAUAAUGUUGUUAGUCUUGUAGAAUUUAAUAGUAAUUAGUUCCUUCUGGGAUACACUGACUUAAAGGGUUGCAGUAGAGCAACCUCUGUGAGACUUAUGGGUGUUGGUUCUUCAGGAUACAUAUUAGAAUUAGCUUCAUGUUCAUCAUCUUAGCUACCUGCUUGUACAACUUAAUCUCCAUGAAUUAGCAUCAUAUAUCGCCAGUGACUCAGAAUUACUCACUGGUUCCACAUCUUUCCACUGGGUUCUGACCAGUCUGGGAGUUUUACACAUAUAGAAAAAGAAAAAGAUAAACAUAGAGAACAGAGUUGAAAGAAGGUAAGAGGAUGAGGUGAACUAUCAGUUAUUCAGUGUGGUGCAGGAGAUCAGAUGUCCCUCAGGAUUCACAGAGCGUGGGACAUCCAUCUGUCUUCACACUCUCUGUCUCUCUCACUCACAGACACACACUCAGGAAGUGGAGCACUAUCUGACGGCAUAGGGAGCAAGUAGGGAGGAUGAGCGAGAAGGAGAAAGUAUAGAGAUAGGAAGAGAGAGAGAGAGAGAGAGAGAGAGACAGCGUGUCUGUAGCUUUAAGAGGGCUGCAGAGAGGAGGACGUGUGGGCGCUGCAUCAGUGCAAGCUCUGCACUGCGUGAGAAAACUGGGGACAGGCAGAGAGUGAGAGAACAGAAUGACAGAGUGAGAGGAGAUAAGGGACGUGUCGGAGAGGUUAUUGGGCCCAAGCGUGCCUCCGAAAGCCUGACGCAGCCCUGCGAUGGUGGAUGCACAGGACAGACUGGCAGCCCCCAGCGCAGUGCCACAGAGCCACGGGCAGCCAGCACCAGAGAGUGCCAUGGGCACAGGUGGGCGCAGAUAGCGGCGCCCGCCAUGAGGCCGGCGGAGGAGGCAGCCGUGUCCAGUGCGUGCUUCGGCCACGUCUCACGGCGCCUCAGCCGUCUCUUCCGGCGCCUGCCCAAGUCCCGCUCGUGGUCUGAGGGUCUGAGGCUGCUCCGGAGGUCCAGCAGCAGUGGCGCUCUUGUGCUAUCAGACUGCAGUUAUACUUGUCACCUGGAGUGCGAGAACCAUGUUCAGCUUGACUGUAACCAGGGAAACGGGCAAAAAGAAGAGACGUCUACCGACCCCCCCUGCAGGACAUAUUCUACAGCACCUCCAGCGAAGAAUACCACUAAAGAGGAUGAAGCGGAGAACCAACAGUCCCUCACGAGGGAAGAGAUCAUGGCAAAGAUAGAGGAGUAUAACUCUAAAUUGUCCGAAAAUGUAAUGAAAUUAGGUACUGAUGGCACAUACAACGGGUUCAUUAAGGUCCAGCUGAACCUGCGGCGGCCGGUCACCCUGCUAUCAAAGGAAGCGAACAGCUCAGGGAACUCGGAGAACAGCUCAGCAUCGGCUGAUAUUUCAGACAAACGCACAUCCUUCUAUAUGCCCACUGAAGCUGUAAAGCAGCUCCAUAUCAGCAGCACCACCACAGUCAAAGAGGUCAUCGAGGGCCUGCUCCGGAAGUUCAUGGUGCAGGACAAUCCACUGAAGUUUGCUCUCUACAAGAAAAUGCACCGCCAUGGACAGGAUCUUUUGCAGAAGCUUCUGGACUCUGAGCACCCGCUGCUCCUUCGCCUGCUGGCAGGUCCUGAUCUAGAGAAACUCUCAUUCGUACUGAAAGAAAACGAGACUGGAGAAGUAGAGUGGCAUGCAUUCUCCGUGCCCGAGCUGCAUAACUUCCUGGCCAUCUUGGAGAAGGAGGAAAAGGAGAGGGUGAAGCAGGUACAGCAGCGCUACGUGGCCUACCGCCAGAAACUCCAAGAGGCUCUGAAGGAAGUGCAGAACAAACCUGGCUAAUGCACUGAGCCUAUGUACAGACUCAUAAAAACUCUCCACUUAGGAUUCCCCAAAACCCCCAGACCUCCCUCAUGACCUCUGGAACCUAGUGACCAGAGAAGGUGUGUGAGUGGGUGUCAGGACAUAAAGAACAAGGGGAGAGUGAUGGAUCACAUGAAUCACGUCACUCAGGACGCAAACGGCACGCACACGGAGAUCCAGGAGUGUGUUUCUGACUGACGUGGUUGAUGUUUCAAAAGGAUUUUAUCUGUCUGUCCACAUUUCUGUAUGAUGCUGCUGCUAUGACUGCUACUGCGAGUGUUACUUAGCAUGACUUUCUUUUUCAUUAUCUUUGCUAGCAUGUCCUCCAUCAGGGAUUUUUUUUAAGUAGACAAAGGAGCUUAUAUGAAAAAGACAUAGAAAUUUGGCAACUAUCAAAGCUGUAAAGAGGCCGCAUCCCUGGAAGUGAACGUAAGUAACGUAAUAAAUGUAAAGGUUUAAGAGAAGUCUAGGUUAAAGGCCUGGAUCAUGUGCUGUAAAAAAAAUCAAUACUCGCUCACACUCACUUGCAUUUUACAGCAUAAUUUGUAUCUUAACUAAUACCAUUAUGAACAAUGUACUGUAUGAAGACAGACUUUCUGUACAAAUCAAUAUGCCAUUUGCUGAAAGCAUCCUCUGUUAUAGUCGCACACCGUUCAAAUCAAUAACCUCCACAUGUCUCUCAGUAGCCAACACUGCAUAUUCAACUCAUCCAAUCAGCACUGAUCAUAGUCUAUCAUCCAUAUACAUGCAUGUGUACUUUCAGAACGACAUGGAGGCUUUUUCAGUCUAAUCUAUAAACAUUAUAAAUUAGGCUGGACAGCUAUAAAUUAUAAGCAUGUUCUAACGCAGGCGUCUCAAACCAAACCCUACGGAAAUGUGAAACGGCUAUAGUGUACAUGUAGAGUGUAUAGUGUGUGGGCUCGUUUGUACAGAAGUGUGUUUGGUCUGUUCUGGUGUGACAUGAAAGCAUAUGGAAGCGCCCAGCCUCAACACACACCCAUGACUCAGAGCUUUCCCGCAAACUGUUGCAUAUUGUUAAUUCAGUGUGUCGAGAAUAUAACAUGUAGGAUAUGUGAUAUAUAUAAUGUACUGUAGCCUAGAUAAUCAUAUCAGAUCAUCAUUUCAGCUAAGUGGGCAAAGCAAGGCUGUGGGCUGUCUUCUCAUAAGCUGAGAAACACCAUAAUGGAUUUUACACCAAAGUUCAUAGGGACAAAUAGGCCUAGUAUUUUGUAAUGAUCUUAAUAGAAAGCAUAUUUCGUGCAUUGUAGAUUAAAAACAAGUUACUUGCACAAGGCAGAACAGACCACCAAGUGGUGAGCCAGAACACAUAGUACAGUAUAUAAUAAUCCUGGCUAUUUCUUAAUGAGGGAAUGGUGUGAUUUCUAAUUUUCUUCUGAAUCUAAAAUAUUUUAACAAAGGGAUUCGUGUUGCUUUUAAGUGUGCAUGAGAUUUCAUUCUGUCUGACACUGAAUACCAUCAUGGAGCUCAUAGCAAUGUUACCAGAAAGCACAGAAAGGUGAUGAGUAAUGAGAGAACGUCAACGAUAUGAAUACAAUCUGAUAAUAACAUCUGAGUUCCAGCGUAUGGGUUUUUUUUGGGUUUCUGUUUUUUUGAUGCCAGUUCCACCUCUGCAAUGCAAAUUAGUAGCCAGGGACAAUCCAGACUAACACUCACUGUGUUACGUUAGAAUGUUAGUCUUUAUUCUACAGUAUAAAUGCCUGUGUUGAGUUAGCUGCACUCAAAUGAUCACUGUUAGAAUCAAUUUAACACAGGUUAGUUUUUCUGUAUACGCCUAACGACACACUGAUUGGAAAUGAUGGCCGACAAGGUCAUGUGAGGACUUCAGUUUAGAGCCUUGUCUCCACCACUUUUUGCCCCUGUGCUGCCCUGCUGGCUCUGAUGCUAAUUUUCAAGUGCGCCUCCUAGGGCAUGGGAGGUACAACAUACAGCCAUGAGCAAACUGGGUAGGAUGGGUUGAAUACUUCUUUUCGUCCUAUCCCACUCACUCUUGUGUUCCUGCUGGCAGUGCCUUUUGUCUGUGUGUAGCCUUACCUGAAUGUGUGUGUGUGUGUGUGUGCACAUAUGCUCUGUUUUCUGUGUUUAUCCGCCUCAAAAGUGAGGAUAAAAGUGUAAGUGUGAAAGAAUGAACAACUGUGUGCAUAUGUGUAAGUCUGUUUUUAACUUAUUUUAUGGUGUAUUUUUCUGUGUGUACAUUUGGGGUUGUGGACAAAUCAGUGCUAUCUGGCAAAUCCUUUGUUUUCGAGGAUUCAGACCUGUAUCAUCUCUAAAAAUGGUAAAGAUGAAAUAAAAUGUCAUCAUUUUA